UCCUCCAUUCCCCACCUUCACGUGACUCUCUCUGACUUCCCAGUACCCAAAUACAGCUGCUGCUGCCGCUGCUACCACUGCUUCCUUUCCUUCCCAAAGCAAUAAACAAAAGGGAUAUGAGAAAACCAACCUACAACUAGAGCAAAGCAAAAUCCAAACACAUAAACAAUGCCCAAAGCCAACUCCCAAGCUUUCCUUCCUCUCUUCUUCUCCUUCUUCUUCUUGACCUGCUUUUCUAAGCCUAUCACUUACCCUCCGCAAACCAACUUACUCCUCCCAUCCGACGCCGUUUCGAUCCUCUCCUUUAAAUAAGGCGACCUCGAUAACAAACUCCUUUACGCGCUCAACGAGCGCUUCGACUACUGCCAAUGGCGAGGCGUCAAAUGUGCUCAAGGCCGUGUCGUCCGCUACAUCCUCCAGAAUUCCGGCUUACGUGGCAUUUUUCCCGCUAACUCCCUCACGCGCCUCGACCAGCUCCGUGUCCUCAGUCUUCACAACAACUCGCUCGGCCCGAUCCCCGACUUGUCCUCUCUUUACAACCUUAAAUCCUUGUUUUUAGAUCGUAACAAUUUUUCUGGAGUUUUCCCUCCGUCGAUCUUAUUUCUUCAUAGGAUAACUUCCCUUGAUCUUUCCUACAAUGAUUUAACCGGUCCGAUUCCGGCUAACUUAACCGCCUUGGACCGGUUAAACAUCCUUCGGCUCCAAUGGAACCGUUUUAACGGAACGCUUCCGCCUUUAAAUCAAUCAUUUCUUCUUAUUUUCAACGUUUCAGGCAACAAUCUUACCGGAAAAAUACCGGUCACGCCGACUUUAUCCAAGUUUAAUACGACAGCUUUCUCGUUGAACCCUAAUUUAUGUGGGGAGAUCAUCAACAAAGCCUGCGCUUCACGUGCUCCUUUUUUCGGUUCUUCAGCGUCGGGUCCGCUAGGGCAAAGCGCGGAGGCCCAGGGCGCGGCGGCGCGCCACCAGAGGGAUUGUAGUUCUACCCCCGCCGUCAUCACCUAAGAAGCACCAGAGAACUGGGUGGUCUUAGGGUUUACUAUCGGCAUUGCUUUGAUAAUAUUUUCAGUUUUGUUAGCUUUAGCUUUGGUUAGAAAACAAAGCGGUAAAAAGAGAGUAGAGUCAAAAGAAACAAAGCCAACAACAGCUUCAUCAGAAGUGACGAACUCAAACCUAGGAAACUCAAAAACCCAAGUAGUUGAAGAAGUUUCGGAUAGAAAAAUAGUGAUACCCGAAAUUCAAAAGCUGAAAAAGAGUGGGAAUUUAGUGUUUGUUGCUGGAGAAGUCGAAGGUUACAGUUUGGAACAAUUAAUGAGAGCUUCAGCUGAGUUGUUAGGGAGGGGUACAAUGGGGACCACGUAUAAGGCGGUGCUUGACGGGCAAUUGAUUUUGACUGUGAAGAGAUUGGAUGCUGGCAAAACGGCGGUAACCAGCGGUGAAGUUUUUGAGCGGCAUAUGGAUGCUGUUGGAGGGCUUAGACAUCCCAAUUUGGUGCCGAUCAGAGCAUAUUUCCAAGCCAAAGGAGAAAGGCUUGUAAUCUAUGAUUAUCAACCCAACGGAAGCGUUUUCAACCUCGUUCAUGGUUCGAGAUCAACAAGGGCAAAGCCUCUUCAUUGGACAUCAUGUUUGAAGAUUGCAGAAGAUGUAGCCCAGGGCCUGGCUUACAUCCACCAAGCAUCAAGGCUCGUCCACGGCAACUUGAAAUCCUCCAACGUGCUCCUUGGGACUGAGUUCGAAGCCUGUCUCACAGACUACUGCCUUGCUGUCCUUGCAGACCCUUCUUCCACUGAAGAUCCUGAUUCCGCAGCCUAUAAAGCUCCUGAGAUUCGAAAAUCCAGCCGCAGGCUCACCCCCAAGUCUGAUGUUUAUGCUUUCGGUGUAUUCCUGCUGGAGCUUUUGACGGGUAAACAUCCAUCGCAGCAUCCGGUGCUGGUGCCCCAUGACAUGCUGGAAUGGGUCAGAACAAUGAGGGAAGAUGAUGGCAGGGAAUAUCACCGACUUGGAAUGCUCACCGAAGUUGCAAGCGUUUGCAGCUUGACGUCGCCGGAGCAGAGGCCGGUGAUGUGGCAAGUGUUGAAGAUGAUACAAGAGAUCAAGGAGAGUGCAAUGAUGGAGGAUAGUGCAUCAUUUGGGUAUACAUUACAAUAGGAUGCGUCAACAUGUCUUGAGGCAAAUACUUGUUGGAGUUCAUCCACAAUGAGUUUCGGUAUGAAAUCAACCAUGGGAAUUUUUAUGUGUGGACUGCUCAAGCUCUGCUGCGAAUUUUAUUCUUCUUUGUAUAUGACGAUCCGAUGUCAUUUAUUACACCUGAUAUAGUUUAUAGUUUUAUAUGAUGUUUACCAAAGGCUUUUGUUAGCAAUUUUUGACAUAAGCUUUCUUUCAA